AUGACACUCCGACUGAUGGAACAGGUCCUGAUGGAGACUAUCCUGAUGGGAGUCAUUUUUGAGGCUGUCCGAGGACUAACAGAGUAUGGGGAUACAGCACUGGACAAUGUGAGAGUGAGGGAUGGAUCCUGUGAAGCUGGCCCUACACCUGUGCCACCUACACCUACACCAACAGAGCCUACACCACCACCAGUGACAGAAGCAAUUUGCAGUAUACAUGGAGAUCCUCACUAUAACACGUUCGACAAGCAGCUACACAACUUCAUGGGCACCUGCACCUACACCCUCUCCAAGCUGUGUGAGAGCAACAGCUCCCUGCCCUAUUUCAAUGUGGAAGCAGCCAACGAGCACAGGGGGAGCAACACUCGUGUGUCCUACGUCCAAUACGUGGAUGUCGAUGUGUAUGACUACAGGAUCAAUCUGGGUAAAAACAGAGCUGUUAAGAUUGAUGGAGUCAGCCAGGUGGUCCCUCUGACCUUGGCACCCGGUGUAAAUAUUUCCUUCAGUGGGCAGUAUGUUGUGGUUGCUACUGACUUUGGGCUGCAUGUCAAGUUUGAUGGAAAUCACAGAGCAGAAAUCACUCUUCCCAGUACCUAUAUGUCUAAAGUCUGCGGAAUAUGUGGAAAUUAUAACGGGCAUAAAGCAGAUGAUUUCCUUAACCCAGAUGGAGAGAUGGAAGAAGACUCAGCCAGCCUUGGCAACAGUUGGCAGGUUUACAAUGACUCGAGCCUCCCGUGUGUGGAGGGCUGUGUGUGUGACAGCAGGUACCUGCUCUACCACGACCAAUGUGUGCCCAGCCAGCAGUGUGGGUGUUGGCACAACGGGCAGCACUACCCUGUGGGCUCCGAGUUCUGGACGGACAACAGCUGCUCCUCCAAGUGCACGUGUCCCGCACGGGGAAGCAAAGUCCAGUGUUUCGAAGCCUCAUGCCCUGCGGGCCAGUACUGCGGGGUGCAGGGUGGGAAACCCGUGUGCCUCGAACACUCCUACGGCAUCUGUCACGUCCACGGGGACCCUCACUACAACACCUUUGACAAGGUGACGCACAACUUCAUGGGCAACUGCACCUACACCCUGGCCAAAGUGUGCUCCAACACCACCUCCCUGCCCUACUUCAAUGUGGAGGCCAAGAACGAGCAUCGUGGCAACACCAGGGUGUCCUAUGUGCGUGAAGUGCUGGUUGAGGUGUACGGACAGCGCAUUGCCAUCCUCAAGCAGGAGAAGAGCCAAGUGCUGGUGAACGGUGUGCGCCAGACCCUGCCGGUGAGGGCAGCGGGAGGUGCGAUCACGGUGAGCAAGAGCGGCCGCUACGUCGUCCUGGAGACAGACUUCAGCCUCAGAGUGUCCUACGACACUGACCACUCGGUGGAGGUGAAGGUGCCCACCACCUACUUCAACCUGACCUGUGGCAUGUGCGGGAACUUCAACAACCGGAGAGACGACGAAUACAUGAUGCCAAACGGGCAGCAAGCCGCAGACUCCAAUGCACUGGGGGAGAGCUGGCAGGUCCCAGACAGUGACCCCUCUUGCGGUGUCCCCGUCCCCUCCCCACCCUGCAGUGCAGAGGAGGAGGAGCUCUACAAGUCGGACCGCUUCUGUGGCAUACUGACCAGCAGGCCCAGCUCUUUUGAGACGUGCCACAGCGUGAUCAACCCCCAGAGCUACUUUGACACCUGCCUCUACGACCUUUGUGCCCUGAAUGGUGGCCAGGAGUUUCUGUGUGCUGCUCUGGAGGCCUAUGCUGACGCGUGCCAGGCAGCUGGCGUGACUCUUCUGCCCUGGAGGAAUGCUACCUUCUGCCGUGAGUUUCCAUAG